AUAAGAUACUACUUAGUAUAUAAACAAUGGAUGUGGAUUUAGUAAUGCAAACUGUCAAUAUGAAACUGCUAUUGGUUUUCGUUGGGUUGGCGGCGGCUGCUUCAGCGGAGUACGCGGGGAUCUGGAAGGAUUACCACGAGGAGUUCGGCAUUGCAGAAGCAGCGCGCAUCAAGCAAGCUGAGCAGUCUAUGGACUUCGAUGGCGCCAGGAUUGUCGGCGGAUCCGGUUCCAAUCUUGGACAGCAUCCACACUUGGGUGGUCUCAUCGUCGGCCUCACCAACGGCAGAGAGUCAGUGUGCGGCUCCUCCCUCCUCAGCAACACGCGGCUGGUGACGGCGGCGCACUGCUGGCGGCACGGCGGCAGCCAGGGCCGCACGGUGACCGUGGUGCUGGGCUCGCUGCGCCUCUUCAGCGGCGGCCACCGCGUCGCCAGCACCAACGUGCAGCUGCACGCCAGCUAUUCUGAGAGUACCCUCAACAAUGACAUCGCUAUCAUUGUCAUCGGCUGGGUCGGCUAUAGCAACAACAUCAGAAACAUCAACAUCGCCAGUGGCACUAACACGUUCGCAGGAAACACUGCCAUGGCCUCUGGGUUCGGCCGGCAAGGCGACAAUCAAGGAAUAACCCAGAAUCAAUCUCUAAGGCACGUGACGAUGCAGGUCAUCACCAACCAGGCGUGCGCUAACGUGUAUGGUAGCAGAGUGGUCGUCGCGUCUGUCAUCUGCACCGCCACGACUGGUGGUCGAGGGGUGUGCUCGGGCGACUCCGGCGGCCCACUGGACGUCGGCACUGGUGGCAACAGACAACUGAUUGGUGUAACAUCGUUCGUCCACGCCAGCGGUUGCGAGCGCGGGCAACCUGCUGGUUUCGCCCGAGUGUCUUCCUUCAACGCCUGGAUUCGUCAACGCCUUUAAAUAUUAUUUAAUGAUUAUUAUUAUGUACUUAUUAAUUAAUAAUGAACUUUCUCAAUUGCGCAAGUACCAACUUAGGUACUUAAUUAUUGUUUCUAGUCA